AUGAACGAUGCAGGCGGAGAGUGCUUGGAGCAGCACGUCAAGGAGGAGGAUGGACGCGCCGAGGAUCUGCCCAAGGCCAUCGAGAGGAACAUCCAGAAUGACCGGGCGCAUCUCGAUCCCAGCCGCUGGUGGUUCGCAUCCUCCGCCUUCCCCAUGAUCGCGGCCACCCUCGGACCCGUUGCCAAUGCCUUCAGUAUCCUGGCUCUUGUCCGUCCAUGGAGACAGAGGAUCCCUCCCGGGUCCAAUAUCACGAUAGCCCUCUACCAAGAUGAUCCGGUCUGGCUUCUUGCCAUCAAUGCUUGCCAGCUGGCCAUGGCUCUCAUCGCCAAUCUGUUCUUGCUGCUGAACAUGACGAGGCGAAUCCGCUUCACGAUAGCCCAACCCGUGACCAUCGUGGGGUGGUAUCUCUCUGCCAUCCUCCUCAUCGCCCUACUCUGCACAGCAGUCGGCCCUCUCCAGCUGUAUCCUGAGAUCGAGUAUGUCUGGUCGCAGGCCUUCUACUACGGCAUGUACGGCGCCAUCCUGUACUUCAUCACGGCCUCGCUCAUGGUCGUCACCUUCGCCGGCGCCCAGGCCGGCAAGUACGACAAGGACUUCCAGCUCACCAACGCCCAGCGCACCCUCAUGCUCCAGACCAUCAUGUUCCUCAUGUACCUUCUCAUCGGGGCCCUCGUCUUCGCCAAGAUCAACGGCUGGACGUACCUCGACACGGUCUACUGGGCGGACGUCACGCUAUUCACGGUCGGCUUCGGCGAUUUCGCCCCGCAGUCGACCCUCGGCCAGUCCCUCGUGAUCCCCUACGCGCUCAUCGGCGUCAUCAGCCUCGGUCUCGUCAUCGGCUCCAUCCGCAGCCUCGCCCUCGAGCGCGGCAGGAACAGGCUGGACGCGAGGAUGAUCGAGAAGCGCCGGCGGCGCUUCCUCAAGGAGAUGACCAAGAAGGGCAAGGACGGCAUCCUCGUCCCCAUCGAGCCGGGCCGCGCCGAGUCGGACCUGAGCGAGUUCCAGCGGCGCGAGGCCGAGUUCAAGCUCAUGCGCAAGAUCCAGCACCAGGUCUCCAUGACCCGCCGCUGGUACGCCAUGGCCACCUCGACCAGCAUCUGGAUCUGCCUGUGGCUCGUCGGCGCCAAGAUCUUCCAGGUCUGCGAGUUCCCCUACCAGGGCUGGAGCUACUUUGACGGCUUCUACUUUUGCUUCGUCAGCCUGACCACCAUCGGCUACGGCGACAUAACGCCCGUCUCCAACGCCGGCAGGUCCUUCUUCGUCUUUUGGUCCCUGCUCGCCCUGCCGACCAUGACCGUGCUCAUCUCCAACGCCGGCGACACCAUCGUCAAAGCCAUCCGCGACGGCACCGACUUGCUCGGAAGCAUCACCAUCCUGCCGGGAGAACGUGGUUUCAAGAAGGAUAUCAAGGAGAUCGUGCGCGUCAUGUCCUUUGGCAAAGCGUACGCCAACCCCACCAGCUCCAGCGACGACGAGUCGAUCCACGAGGAUCCUCCCGGCCUCCUCGGCGCGGCGCAGCCGACAAAUAUCUCCAGCGACGACGAUGACGGCCUCGACGUCGACGGCGACGACGACGACAACGGGCCCGACACGGACGCAGAGAUCGGCGAUGAGCCGCGAGAGAAGCGCCUGAAUGAUGAACAGCCCGCCGUGAGCAGCGGCAAGGCCAAAAAUGAUUCCGGGAGGCGCAACGGGACCGAUAAGAAUACCGACGAAGCGGAUUGUGCUUCCCCCUCGUCGUCCAGCCCCCUCCAGCAGCGGCGCGUGCAGACCCUCCAGAUGUCACGGGCAUCCACCCUCUCCUUCGCCGACUCCACAAACCCCCCCAAGUCCGACCACCACCCGCAGCACCACCACCACGGCCACAGGAGGAACCUAUCGCGCGCCAAGACCACCAGCGGCGCGUCCUCGCACUCGUCGGUAAGCGGCGGCCGCCCAGGCAGCAGCGGCAGCGCCGCCACGACCUCGCGGCACCACCGGCACGGCAGGCUCACGGCGCGCGACGACGAGUCGGUCGCCCGCGUCGACCUGCCGCCGUCCCUGCCGUCCACGCGCGCCGAGUACCUGUCGCUGCUCAUCGACGAGAUCGCGCGCGUGACGCAGCACCUGCGCCACCAGCCGCCACGCAAGUACUCCUUCCACGAGUGGGCGUGGUACCUGCGCCUCAUCGGCGAGGACGAGCACGACGCCGCCACCCACCGCAAGGCGCGCCCGCACGUGCACAGCAAGAACUGCCGGCACGACGGCGGCGGCGGCGGCAGCAACAGCAGCAGCAUCAACAACAACAACACGAAGGAUAAACACCACCAUCUUCACGGCGGCGUUGUGGGCAGGCAGUCCGCCGCGGAGCGCCGCGAGGGCGAGACCAAGGCCGCCGAGCUCGACGAGGAGGAGCACGAGAUGCAGUGGAGCUGGGUCGGCACGCGCAGCCCGCUUAUGGGCAGCCAGCAGGAGGCCGAGUGGAUCCUGGGCAAGCUGACGGAGCGCCUGCAGAAGGAGCUCCGGCACGACGUGGAGAGGGAGUCGAGGGGCAGGGAGGGCAGCAGCUAUAGCAGUUUUAUUGCUGGCGGUGGUGGUGACAAGGAGGAGGAAGAGGUCCUAGAGGAGGAGAUCGACGCCAAGGGGGUGAGUAUGGAGCCUCCGGGUAAGGAAGCUGGAGACGAUAUUGUAUAA